UGAGGGUCAUGGCAGGGUUAGUUGGGAGAGCUCAGCCCCAGUGAACGCUCGUGUGUGUCAGCUGAAGGACACCAACACUGCCCGGUGAUCCAUCUGGGUGGUGCCAAGCGAGGAACAUGUACUAGUGUUUUGGAUGGCCAAGGAAAUCCAUCUCAAAUACCCAGAGAUCCUCCAUGCCGCUCACCCCUUCUUCCUCUCCCUCAAGUUUGUGGGUGCUGGUGGCUCUCUCCUGGAUGGAGCAGUUUUCGUGGUGAGACACACAAGAAACCUCAACUCUCAUGCCUUGGGUCUUAUGGGAACUGUUUUCAAAGAGAAAGAGUCUGGUUUGUGGAUCUAUUUACCUGAGAACAACUUGUCAACAAUUCCUGUGGAUGUCGUCAUCAGCGAGGUCAGUGUUAGAUACCAACUUGCUGCUCAGGUGUCUGUUGUACCUGCUGGUUGGCAUCUCCACUUUGUCUCUCCUGGUAACCAAGUAUGCUUGGUGGUGUAUCCUGAAAAUUUGGAGAUCCAGGAGAACUCUGUCACCAAGAACCUGCAAAUGAAUGUCAUUGGGUGGCUGAUGGCAGCUCCUCAAGUGAACCCAGAGAUCACUGGGCUAAAGUACAGCAAGAUGAGUGCCUUGGAGAAGCUGUGCCUUGAGUUGAAGGCUGCAGUCACCAUCAGAAAAGAGCAAAGCUGCAACAAGUCAUCCAAGUACUUUGUCAAGAAGGUUUAUGUUGAAGGCAACCUCCUGCACUGCUCUCAGGAGAACAGUGGGACUCAUGACCGCCUCCAAGACCCACAGAGGAUUGGAAGGCAUAAAUUCAAUCUUGGAUAACUAUUGACAUUUAAAACUGAAGUGAUAGAAAGAAGGACGAGAAGAUAGAUAAUAAUAAGGAGGGAAGAAAGAGAAGAAGAGAGAGAAGACAACAAAGAAGGAAGAGGACAUGAGAGAAGAAUGAGGAUAAUAGAAGAGGAAGAAAAAAAGAAGAAAUGAGAGAUAGAAAAGAUAAAUAAAAGAAAAAUAAAUCCUCCCCCCCUGCCCCCUUCUCUCUCUCUCUCUCUCUCUCUCUCUCUCUCUCUCUCUCUCUCUCUCUCUCUCUCUCUCUCUCUCUCUCCCCCACAAUCCACAAACCCACAGUAUGUCUCCCACAGUAUGUUGACAAACCUAGUCACUCCCCACAGCCUCUCACAAAUAUACCUCUCUCUCUCUCUCUCUCUCUCUCU